AUGACGUUAAGUUUCUCCAUCACCCCUUUCCACACAGGCAGUCGAUCUGAUUCCUGUGGAUUUGAUCCAACUAAAACUGGUAUUGCACUGUUGUAUGAUGAAGGGUCUGAAAAUGCAUAUGACAUCCGAUUGAAGCUAACAAAAGAGGUACUAACUAUCCAAAAACAAGAUGUCGUCUGUACUAGUGGAAGCAAUCACAGUGCAAAUCACAGAACUGUUACACUUCGCAGACAACCUAUUGGAGGCUUGGGCCUGAGUAUAAAGGGUGGUGCUGAACACAAGGUCCCUGUCGUCAUAUCAAAAAUAUUCAAAGAUCAAGCAGCUGACCAAACAGGAAUAUUGUUCAUAGGAGAUGCAGUUAUGCAGGUUAAUGGCAUUAAUGUAGAAAAUGCAACUCAUGAAGAAGUGGUGCAUCUUUUGAGAAAUGCUGGCGAUGAAGUUACCAUCACUGUUCAGUAUCUCAGGGAAGCUCCGUCAUUUCUGAAGCUCCCAUUAGGAUCCCCUGGGCCGUCCAGCGAUCAUAGCAGCGGGGCUUCUUCACCUCUGUUUGAUAGUGGUUUGCAUUUAAACGGGAACUCUAAUAACACAGCUCCAUCAUCACCUUCUUCGCCCAUAGCUAAUGAACCAAAAUAUGAGAAGCGCUGGCUAGACACCUUGUCAGUUCCACUGUCUAUGGCUCGAAUCUCAAGGUACAAAGCUGGAACGGAAAAAUUAAGGUCAAAUACAUUUGAAGUGCUGGCUCUGGAUGGAGUCAGCAGUGGAAUUCUUCAGUUCUACACAGCCCAGGAGAGUGCUGACUGGCUGAAAGCAGUAUCAGCAAAUAUUAGUGAUCUAACCCUUCAAAAUAUGAAAAUGGCCAACAAAUGCUGUUCUCCUUGUGACCAGGUUGUACAUAUGGGGUGGGUAAAUGAGAGACUCCAAGGAACUGACUCCUCUCAAACCUUCAAACACAAGUUCCUGGCACUGAAAGGUUCAUCCUUCUACAUUUUCAGCACUCCUCCGGUGAGCACAUUAGACUGGGUACGAGCCGAAAAAAUUUAUAACCUCUGUGAGGUAUUAUUUAAAGUUCAUAAGUUCUGGCUUACUGAUGACUGCUGGUUACAAGCAAACUUAUAUCUGGGUAUUCAAGACUUUGAUUUUGAAGACCAGAGGCCAUAUUGCUUCAGUGUCAUGGUUGGCCAUGGCAAGAGUCAUUUUUUUAAUGUAGAACUUGGAAGUGAGCUAGCUGUCUGGGAGAAGUCAUUCCAAAGAGCUACCUUUAUGGAAGUUCAAAGAACUGGGUCCAAAACAUAUAUGUGCAGCUGGCAAGGAGAUAUGCUGUGUUUCACAGUGGAUUUCGCGUUGGGAUUCACCUGUUUUGACAGUAAGACAAAGAAUGUGCUCUGGAGAUUUAAAUUCUCUCAGCUGAAGGGAUCUUCAGAUGAUGGAAAAACUCGAGUAAAGCUGCUAUUUCAGAAUCUAGACACCAAACAAAUUGAGAUGAAGGAACUUGAAUUUCAGGAUCUGACGGCUGUUUUGCAUUGCAUACACUCCUUUAUAGCAGCCAAGGUGGCCUCAGUGGAUCCCGUAUUCAUAGACAGCCAGAGUAUUGCAAGGAAAUACAUGUAUAACAGCUAA